AUGCACUCCCAGCUUGAAGAGGAUCUUGUGAAACAGCCUACCCCGUUGUACAUUCCUGGGGAGUUUGGAGAAGCUGAAUGUGUUCCAGUGCAACUAGUUACUGAGGAUCACAAAUCUUCCAAACUUCUAUUCCUUGUUUUCAGCAUUAUCGAUUGCAAUGAGCUCGUCGAGAUCCAGGGACUGUUCAAGCUGGAGCCUGCUGUAGAAGAUGCUAUUGAGCUGAUCAACUGA